AUGUUAUUCACACCACAUGUUGCUCUUAAACAUAUCUUCACUGCCUCCAGCCUUCUACUGGCUGCAGGAUUUAAGCCACACACAUCUAAAAAUGUUGCUACCACUAUACUCUUGUCAUAUAUAAUAAUUAAGCUGCUGGUGGUUCUUUUAAAGCUUGAGGAAGAAAGAGGCGAUAACUUGAGUGUUGGUGAGGUUGGUGUGAGUGUGAGUGGGUCGUCCAUCGCCACAAUAAUGUACACCUCGGGGUCAACAGUACCCAAAGGUGUGAGGUUGUCUCACAGAGCAAUACUCAACCGUUUGUCAUGGCAGUGGAAGACCUUCCCUUACCAAGGGCAAGAGGUGUGCUGUUUUAAGUCUGCUCUCACCUUCGUGGACUCCAUCAGUGAGAUCUUUGGUCCACUACUAACUGGUCACCAGGUUGUAGUAAUUCCUAAGAGUAUAACUCAGGAUGUGGAGCAACUGGUUGAGGUACUGCAACAAGAGAAGGUUGGAAGAUUGAUGUUAGUACCAAGCUUGUUGAGGUCUAUCUUGCUGCACUGUGCUGCUGUUGCUGCUCAACAACACUCUCCAAGCUUGCCAGCUCUUAGGUUGUGGGUGUGUUCCGGAGAAGUGUUUCCCAGAGACUUGCUACACUCCUUCUUCAACACCUUCACACUCGGCCAGACCAUCUGUAACUUCUAUGGUUCAACUGAGGUGACGGCCGACGUGACGUACCUAGAGUUAUGCAACAUUGACGAUGCUCUUGCCAAGCUCAUUGAUGACAAAGUUCCCAUUGAUUAUUCAGUUUUGUUUCGGACUGGCGACCUGGCAAGAAUUGUUGACGGUGUUCUUGUGUACGAGGGACGAGCUGAUUCUCAGAUAAAGAUCAGAGGUCACCGAGUAGACAUAAACCAAGUUAAACUGUCCAUGUUGAAGGUCGAUCAUGUUGACAAAGUUCAUGUUAUGUGCUACAUGCCAGGAGAGGUUAAUCAGAGACUUAUUUUGUUUCACAGCAGCCAGGACGAUAAGUUAUUGCCGGAGAAGUUCAGAGAGAAGCUUUGCUCACUACUGCAACCUCACAUGAUACCACAGCUUAUUCAAAUGGAUGAACUGCCACUGUUGGUUAAUGGUAAAGUUGAUGGUCAGCAGCUGUUGAAGCUUUAUGAGCAGAGACAAGAAGGAGAUGAGAGAGAAGUUGAGGUUGACGUUAGUGGUGUGAGUAAAGAGGAGGCUGGUGUUGCUCGCACUCUCUUGCUGACUGUUGCUCGGGUCUUGGGGCCACAAGUUGCACGAAGUCAACGCCUCUCGCUCAACACAUCAUUCUUUGACAUCGGUGGCAACUCCCUCAACUCAGUGUUGGUUGUGACAUCACUCAUUGAUCUGGGCUACAGUAUAGGUAUUGGUCAGUUCAUGAAGGCCAAAAACUUUCAGGGAAGUUGUAACAAAAGCUGCGGGGGAGUGAGUCUUCAGGAGGAAGACAUCGGUGACAUGUGUAGAACAAGCAGGUGA